GAGAGGCUUCCAGCAAACCUUCCCUGGCCUCUGGAGGGACGGACCACCGUUGCCGCGGCUUUGGCUUCUACGAUCUGCGUUCGGGCUAAACGGCCACAGCGGCGCCACUGCCGCUCCCCUUGCGCCUGGUUCUGACCGUAUUUGUUCCCCGGAGGCCGCCCCGGUUACGGCAGCGGCCGCGGCCGACAUGUUGUGAGGCGGCGGCGCGGGUGUCUCAAGGAUGGUUUGGCUGAGGCGGCAGCAGCGGCUGCUGGCGGCGGCGGCAUUGGCAGCGGGGGCUCCGGCUCUGUAGAGCCCAGCCCGCUGGGUGUCCGCCCUGUACCGCGGCCAGACCAGUGCCCCUGGACCUUGCCUCUGCUCCGGCGCCUUUGGGGAACGGUUAGGCGACAGCGCACGCCCCUCAGAGGAGACACGAAGGGGGUUCUCCAGUGCUCAGAUUUCCGGACCACCUAGCCUUCCCCUCUCCGACCUGGGCAGUGCUGUCCCCAGAAUCCUCAGCCCCCGCCUUCCCCCAAAUUUGCUCCCAGCCUCGCCCUGAAUCUUUCACACACGUGGGUGUUCCACGCCCUCUCGAGCCAACCCCUCGCCCCUUAAUUUUCUGCACCCUCUUCUCAGAGCGCCCCCCGGAUUGCUCUCCGAGGGCAGCCUUUUGAAAAAUCUUCGUGGAGCAGUGGACCAGAACUGGGGAGUUUUCAAAAGUCGGGGCGCGAGAGAUAGGAAGGUACGAUGGCUUCCUCAUCUGGGAACGAUGAUGAUCUCACUAUACCCAGAGCUGCUAUCAAUAAGAUGAUCAAAGAGACUCUCCCCAAUGUCCGGGUGGCCAACGAUGCCCGGGAGCUGGUGGUGAACUGCUGCACUGAAUUCAUUCACCUUAUUUCUUCUGAAGCCAAUGAGAUUUGCAAUAAAUCGGAAAAGAAGACCAUCUCGCCAGAGCACGUCAUACAAGCACUAGAAAGUUUAGGCUUUGGCUCUUAUAUCAGUGAAGUAAAAGAAGUCUUACAAGAAUGCAAGACAGUAGCAUUAAAAAGAAGAAAGGCCAGUUCUCGUUUGGAAAACCUUGGCAUUCCUGAAGAAGAGUUAUUGAGACAGCAACAGGAAUUAUUUGCAAAAGCUAGACAGCAACAAGCAGAAUUAGCCCAACAGGAAUGGCUUCAAAUGCAGCAAGCUGCCCAACAAGCACAGCUUGCUGCUGCUUCAGCAAGUGCAUCCAACCAGGCAGGAUCUUCUCAGGAUGAAGAAGAUGAUGAUGAUAUCUGAAAUUCACCAGCUGAGUUUCUAUUUCCUCUAUAAAUGUUUUUCCCUGCACAAGAAAACAGUGAAAGAAAUGCUUAUCUGUAAUUUUGUAUGCAUCUUGGUGGACUUGCCAUUGGUAUUCUAGGGAUGUCUGCCGUUAAGUUUCAUCUAUUGUGUGCUAUUCAUGUAAAAACUGUCUCUUCGAACUAUUGAAAAUUUAAGGCUCAGUAUAAUAUCAAUUUUGAAUUUUUAAUGAUGUUUAUGAAAUUUUAGAUAGCAGUGAGUCCUUUAUUUGAUCAAUAAACAGUGUUACAGAAAACUUCAAGUUUAUAAAAAUACAGUGAAAUUUAUACAGAAGCUCUAAAUCUUCAUUUGCAUUUCCUCUGCCCUUUUAACUAAACUAAAAAUUGGGAAUUUUAAAUUAUUGGGGGGGAGGUGCUAUGUGAUGCAGUAGAUAUUAGAUCAGGCUGGUGAAAAAACAAAGAGUUCAGUUCUGUAGUAUUUGGAUUUUUUCUCUUUUAAAAUGAGUAUAUAUACAGGCACUACAUAUAUAUGCUCAGAUAAAUAUACUUGUUUUAAAAAGUCUCAAACAAGACAUUCAAAAACUAGGAUGAGUAUGUUCAGUAGUAGUUGUAAAAUUUGGUAGGUUAUGUUUUGAUUUUGUUUUUGUUUUAUGUAGAGGUAAAAACUAAAGUUUUAUUAUAGCAUAAUUCAUCUUGAGCUACACUAUUACAUUUCAAAGACUGUCCCGUUUUGAGGACUGUCAUGAUUCUUAGUAUUUCACUCCAAUGAUUGUUAAUAGUAUUACUUGCUUAGUCCAUCCAUGUUUAUUGGAACUUGUGAAACAAUUGCUUAGGUUCCGUUGGUUUAACUAAGGUUCAUGAAUAUUCAAACCUUUGCUGGGGGAAAGAAAUGAAAGUUAAUGAGCAUGCUUGCUAUAAGACGGAUUUUUUUGUAAUUUAACUUGUAGUCAUAGUUUACUUAUUGUUUGUUUUUAGCAUUACUUUUACAAUUUCUUGACUAGAUGGCCUAGAGUGUCCAAUGCUUCCUUUUGAAAUGGCAUCAUUGUCUCCAUAAUAAUUGAGCUUUAAAAAAUGAUUGUUUUUGUUUUGUUUAAGAAAGUGUAUCAUAAUUGAUCAGCCCUAUAUGAAACAUAGUUUCAACCUGCUCAUUACAAGGGAAAAGCUUUAAUUUGGUUCUAAUAAAUAAAGUAUGGUAGUGAUUUUUAUAGGAAUCCAGUGUGUUGAAGAACUGGCUUAUUGUUUGUAUUUUGAAAACAGAAUGGAAAGCCACUUAGGAUAGUAUGAAGUAAUCUAAAUUCCUAUGUCAGUUGCCAAAUCAUUUAAAUUUGUAUAUUCACCAGGUCUAAAGAUAGAUUGCAGAUGCCAGGAUUCCAAUUUUAAUUGAAGAGCUAAAUAAGUAAAGUUUACAAGUAUUAGAUUUCUUAAUGAUCAUAUUUCGCAGUUUUAGAAAAAGUGAAAUAUUGUCAUACAUUUAUUAAAUACACUUCUUCCAUGCCACAACUAAGUGAAUCUUGAUUAAUGUUUUGAGUUGAAGUUGGUAUUGAAUCCAUGAAGUGCAUUUGGACAAAAUAGAAGGGAUUGUUUUUUUAAAAGUUUAAGUACCAAAGGUAGUCUAGUCUAAGAAAUAAUAAGUUAAUAAGUGUUGGCUUUUCUAACUUGUACUGUAACAUCCUUAUACUUUCUAUUUUAAGUAUAUCUGUUUCUUAUGUAAACAACUUAGAUAUUUUUCCAUACUUUUUUUUUUGAUGCAGAGUUCAGGUUAAUUAAUAUUUUACUGCAUCUGAUAAUGUAUUAUAUGUUUAAAUCCUAGUGACUUUUCAUUUUGACAUUCUUGUGAUUUUCAUAUGCUGUAUUCU